GAGGCAAGGAAGCUGCAAAGUUUUAAGCAAAGGAAGUUGCAUAGAUAUUGAAAAAUGGGAAGGUCUCCUUGUUGUGAUGAAAAUGGUCUUAAGAAAGGUCCUUGGACUCUUGAAGAAGAUCAGAAACUUGUCAAAUAUAUCAAAGAAAAUGGCCAUGGUAGCUGGAGAGCUCUCCCAAAACUUGCUGGUCUUAAUAGAUGUGGGAAAAGUUGCAGGCUAAGAUGGACAAAUUACUUGAGACCUGAUAUUAAGAGAGGGAAAUUUUCCCAGGAAGAAGAGCAAACAAUUCUCAAUCUCCAUUCCAUCCUCGGAAACAAAUGGUCAGCAAUUGCAAGCCACCUACCGGGGCGAACAGAUAAUGAAAUAAAGAACUUUUGGAACACCCAUUUGAGGAAAAAGCUUAUCCAAAUGGGAAUUGAUCCUAUGACUCAUAGGCCUCGAAUUGAUAUCUUCUCAAGCUUGCCUCAUCUGAUAGCUUUGGCCAACCUGAAAGAGCUUAUGGAUCAACAGCAACCAUGGGAGGAAGCUGCUCAAAUGGCUAAGUUGCAAUGCUUACAAUAUCUUCUUCAAAACCCACCUUCCAUUUCAUCUCCCUCUAACAACAUGCACACCACUUUCACGGAUAUGGAAACCAUGGAUAUCUCAAAUUCACUUUUAAGUUCACCACCCCAGCUGGCUUCGGUUCAAGGUCUCGAUGAUUCAAUCCCUUUCUCUCGUUUACCUGACCUACAAAUCCCUUGUGAUUAUCGAAUAUCGUCUUCGAGCAAGGACGACACGGCUCAGGCUCAAGCUCAAAAGCAUGCUAUGUUAAGCCAAGGAGAGAAUACAUGCAACUCAACGUGGCUCCCUUCACCUUCUGCGGUUCCAUCUGUAACAGAGACGUUGAUCAGCAAUUUGGGGGAUGCUUCAUGUUCUUCAAAUUUUGACGUAGCUGCUCCUUCAGUUUGGCUUGAUGAUCAUCAACUAUUUCAAGAUCCAUUGUUUCACAAUCUUUUGUAGCUUAUUGUUUUGAAUAUGUUUGAGAUUAAAAGAAAAGGUUUGCAGCUAUUCCAUUUCUCUUUUCUGCUUA